GCAGUCAAAACAGACAUUGGGAGUUGCUGAGCAGUGCGGAACCCUCUCCCUCCGGAGUCCAGCUAAAAAAAAAAGCAUGCUUCACCCCGAAACGUGACGUUUGUGCUUAAUAAUGGCAAACGAGUGCAUUGACUUCUUUUGCAUGCACUAUAUUGAAAGGAGUGGUUAUGAUUCGGUCAAUUAAGUGGUACUAAGGUGGAGAUAGCGGCAGGAGCAAGAGUCUCAACAUCUACGCAUAGACAGAUCCAAAAUUUGCUAGAAUACACACGGUGGACAUCCAACAGGAAGAAACUUCAUUAUUGCAUCACAAUACACCUUACCUGAAUAAAAAAUUAUCAGGUCAAAUCUGUGGGAUCAUUUGCCUGCACAGUGUAUUGCUACAAGACUCGCACAACAAGCUUGAGAAUAUGCGUAAGGAAGGCAUGGCCACAGAGCAGCUUCGGGAAACUUGUGUUCUGGAAUAAAUGUAAGCACAUAUUUUCUAUUGAGAACCAUUUCUUUUAAUGGCAUAGUUAAGGAGAAUGGAAAGGAACCAGAACUACUGGAACACCUGGAUUUGGAAGAAGAAGAGUUCCAACAAGGCACAUGCUUGCUUGCGGUGAAAAGCCAUUCCCUCCUGAAAAAAACACCCCAAGCUAGAUUUUCAAACAGCUGUUAGCUGAUUGACCAGUCCAGACCAGCUCCAUACUCAACAUGGUUUGACCAGCACAAGCUAUGUUUUGAAACAGAUGGUAGCCGGUAACUUCAUGCUGGCCAUAGCUGGAUUUUACACCGGGGUUGUCAACUGCCAGUGCUUCUUCAGCGGAACGGAGAUGUUAUAAGCCCUGACCGCUCACUGUAGGCACUUUUUUUUAGUUUUUUGUAGUUCUGUCUCUCUUCUAAAAAACAAACAAAUUCGACAGAAUGUCUGGAGACAAAGCCACGCGGGCGAAAAUUAAGACGGAGGAUGCGAGCGGGGCGCGGGACCAGGGAGGGGCGGGGGUCGACCACCUGAGGAGCCUGAAGGCCCUCACCAAGCGGCUUCGGCUGGAGACGGGGCGGCCCUCCUACCCCGAGUGGAAGGCCCAGGUGGAGGCCCAGCGGGCGGCGGGCCAGAGGGAGGAAGAUCAUCCCCGCGGCUCACUGCGGUGGCCCAAACGUUCGGCCCCCGUGGCCCCCGACGUGAUCCCAGAGGGCCGUCUGCCCGCUGGGGGGCCAGGCGGGUUCAGGGGUGUGGACGAGGCCCUCGCCUGGCUCAGGAAAGAGCUGACGGACAUGCGGCUCCAGGACCAGCAGCUGGCCCGGCAGCUGAUGCGUCUACGCAGCGACAUCAACAAGCUGAAGAUCGAGCAGGCCUGCAACCUGCACCGCAAGAUGCUCAACGACGCCACCUACGGGCUGGAGGAGCGGGACGAGCUAUCUGACCUGCUGUGCGACUUCCCCGUCACGCCAGGCUUCGGCCUGUCCGCCCCGCUCAAACUCAUCGGCGUCACCAAGAUGAACAUCAACUCCCGCCGCUUCUCCCUCUGCUAGCGAGAAGAAAGGUGUGUGAGGGCCAGCUCUCUGUGACCUCUGCCUUCAUCCCGAAUGUAACGUCGACCAUCAGACACCGCAGGGCCUGGAAGUCUGCCACCACUUGCUGACUCAGUCUCAGUCAUGGCGCCACCAUGCUUUUCAGUGUAAUCACGUUCAUAAAUGUACACUCAGUAAUGCCUUAACACCACGUGAUAUUGAUUGUACAUAAUCAUUAACGAAGGCUGUGUUGUGUGUGUUGGUGUAUGUGUGUGUAUAUAUGUGUUUGUGUGUGUGUGAGUGUGUGAAUGUGUGUGAAUUGUGAGCGUGUGAGAGAGACUGCAUCAGUCAUUUGAAGCUCUUGCUAAAUAAGCUGAACCUUUUUUCCGUAUAUGCCUUUAACUCAGUGUAUUAAAAAUGCAAUUUAAUUUAAUUGUGACAUUUCAAGUUGUAACAUACCAACAGAGAAUAAAGUCUGCCUAAGUAAUAGGAAGAUUAAUAA